AUGGAGAUGCAUACCUUUCGCCAGGAACUUCCUCCAGCUGAGGAGGCCCGCAGCCGUCCCGAGCCGAACGCCAACGGCGUCAAUCCUGGGCUUACUCCGGACGAGGAUCUUGAAAGGCUGCUCCGACGCCACCGUCCCGACAUCGCAGCCGUCGAGUUUGGCCUGAAUUACAGCCUGGAGUGGGCGACACAGCACUUUGCAACCAAGCUUGCAGAGCUCUGGAGGAAAGUGGAAAUGUUCGGGCAUAUCUUUGCGAAUAUUCCUGACCCUGCCAGAGAUGAUCAGCUGCCCAUUCGUAUCAGGAGCUACCUCGUUCGCGUCUCGCACAGUUACCUGAUGCCCCGGCUGCUCAGUAGCCCUUACACGAGGUGGGCCCUGGUUGCCAGAGCGAUCAACGAGUGGCUGCUUGACUGGGUUCUGAACGAGACGGUGAUACAGGGAUACGACAUGGUUUUGGAUGCCGAGUAUCAACUCUUGAAACUCCACCUACUUCGUGAUCUUGAUCCUUUCGUGCGAAGACUCGUGCUCAAUGCCAUGGUGAAAAUCAUUUGCGAGACUCUGUGCAGGCCUGGAUUCAAAGAAUUCUACUUGGAAAAGCACCGGUGGCUUGUGGAGAAGCUGUGGCGGUACAUUGGACGUCUUGUUCCAGACAUGCCUGAGUACCAGACCGACGGCCGCACCAGAAUCGCACAGAUUAUCGCAAAGGCGCAGACUCUGUUGGUCGAAAUGCUUCUGACUCAUCUGGAGUAUGUGCACUAUUUCCCGGAGUGUGAUGAGCUCUUUGACCCGGUUGAGAUGGUCAACAAGGACCCCCAAAUCGACAGAGAUCCAGACGAUCUCGCGAAUAGACUUUUCAGAGUCAAACUAGGAUUCACUCCCGUCACAUUCAUUCGCAGAAAUUCCGAAGAAUCAUGGACCUCCGAGAUUGUCUUCCAGAGUGAGGUGCUGUUGAGACCCGAGAACAGCGCGGCACUUCUCCCGGAUUGGUUGAUAUUUCGAGACUAG